AUGGAGGGAGCAUCGUGGAACAGCAGUGUUUGUGUGGCACCGUUUCUGAGCAAGACCUACGACAUGGUAGAUGACCCCUCCACCGACUCGGUCGUGUCGUGGGGCGAAAACAACAACACCUUUGUUGUCUGGAACGUUCCCCAAUUCGCCACAGAGAUCUUGCCCAAACAUUUUAAGCACAAUAACUUCUCCAGCUUCGUCAGGCAGUUGAAUACUUAUGGUUUUCGGAAGGUUGAUCCGGAUCAGUGGGAAUUUGCAAAUGAAGGAUUUUUAAGAGGUGAAAAACAACUUUUAAAAAGUAUCACUAGGCGGAAAUCUGCUCAUGUAAAUGGUAAUCAACAACCAUCUGAAGUGCAUAAAUCAUCUGUUAGAGCAUGUGUUGAAGUGGGAAAAUUUGGGCUUGAGGAAGAGGUGGAAAGACUGAAAAGGGAUAAGAAUGUUCUUAUGCAGGAACUAGUUAGGUUGAGACAAAAACAGCAAGUGACUGAUAACCAAUUGCAAAAUUUUGGGCAACGUGUGCAGUCGAUGGAGCAGGGCCAGCAGCAAAUGAUGUCAUUCCUGGCAAAGGCCAUGCGAAGCCCAGGCUUCUUAGCUCAAUUUGUACAGCAGAAUGAAAGUAAUAAACAUAUUACUGGUGGAAAUAAAAAGAGGAGGAUCCACAGGCAAGAUAAAGAUCAUUUAGCCACCAACGGUCUCCAUAAUGCUCUUGAUGGACACAUAGUCAAGUACCAGAGUUCCGUAAACGAUGCUGCAAAAGCACUAUUUCGCCAGAUAUUGCAAAUAAACAAUUCUACAGAAACACAAUCAUCGAUUAAGAACCCCGAUGUCUUCCUCAUUGAUGAUGUUCCUUCUGCAAUUGCAUCAGAUAGCAGUAGUUCAUCCACUCAGGUUUCUAAUGUGACCCUUUCUACUGUACCUCCUGUUUCUGAGCUGACAAGUAUGGAAGUAGAAUCACAGUUUCCUGUUAAUUAUAUGCCAAGUAUAUCUGAGGUGCAAUCUUCAACCCCCGUAUUGGGUUUUUGUCAAAGUCAAGGGGUGGAGACAGAAAGUAGUUUAGUGAAUCAUGAGCUGAAUGUUGUGGGGGCUGGAACCGGGAACAUGGGGGAGAUAGAUUUGUCAUCUGUUUUGGAUGGACCGCAUACUGUAGAACCUGAUUAUUCUGCACCUAAUGCAGAUGGAAUUUCCCAACUCCCAGAAAUCAACGAUGAGUUCUGGGAGUUGUUUUUCAGGCCAAGCUCACUUACAGGAGACACAGAUGAGGGUUUGCCUUUGGAAAGAGAAAAUGAGCAGGAAAAUGUUGACAAGAUGCAGCACGUUGACCAUCUUACUAAACAGAUGGGACUUCUUGCGUCGAAGUCCUAA